AUGUCGGAUCCAGGCCCCGCGGUGCCGCCCACGCCGGCAGGCCCCAGCAUCCCCAUCGCAGCGACGCGGCACGGCAACCCGCUGAUAUCGGUGCUGCUGAACGAGGCCGGGCUCGACUCGCCCACCUUCCGCAGCAAUGCCCUGCACUUCUCGGACCAGAUGGACGCCAUCGAGCGCUGGCUCGAGGGCUACGCGCGCACCACGGCCAAGCUGUCCCACGACAUGCUGGCCCUCGAGCAGGUCGUCAACGACUACCUGGCCAAGAUCGUCCCGCCCAGCAACGUCUCGUCGCUCGACCACGACUACACCGCCCUCGCCCUGAAGCGCAUCUCCGAGGGCUCGCGCGAGUGGUGGACCCAGAUCCUCGGCGUCGCCCGCAAGAUGGACACCGUGUCGGCCGAGCCCGUGCGCAACUUCCUGCAGAACGACCUGCGCGCCUUCAAGGAGGCCCGCCGCGUCCUCGACCAGUCCCAGAAGACCUUCGACACCACCCUCGCCCGCUACGUCGGCCAGUCCAAGGCCAAGGAGCCCUCGUCCCUGCGCGAGGAUGCCUUCGCCGUGUACGAGACCCGCAAGGCCUACCUCAAGGCCUCGAUGGACUACUGCCAGAUGGCGCCCCAGCUGCGCUUCACCCUCGACAAGCUGCUCGUCCGCAUCUCGUCCGACCUCUGGCGCGAGAUGAAGCGCUCCAAGGACACGGCCGGCACCCUGGGUAGGUGGGGCCAGCAGAUGGACCGCGUCCGCGGCUGGUCCAAGGAGAUGGAGCUGACCGAGUCGACCUUCAAGCGGGAGCUCCAGGCCGCCCGGCGCGAGGUCGGCGAGAACUCCCUCAUAACCUUCAAGCCCUCCCGGGAAAUCGAUGCCUACAGCGCAUCCACGGUGCCGUACCUCGGAUCAAAGGGACCUAUGAACGUCAACACCGACGAGAAGGCCGGCGUGUACUCCGAAAAGCAGGGCUGGCUGUUCCUGCGGCUCGUGAUGGGCAAGCCCGCCCGGCCAGCUUGGACGCGGAGAUGGUACUACUGCCGCGAUGGCAUCUUCGGCUGGCUAGUCAGCGAUCAGAAAGGUGUGAUGACGGGCGAAGAGAUCGGUGUCUUGCUCUGCAACGCCAAGCCCGCCGUCAGCGAGGAGCGCCGCUUCUGCUUCGAGGUCAAGACCAAGAACCAGACUCUGCUCCUCCAGGCCGAGACGCAAGCCGAGCUUAUGGGGUGGCUUGAGGUCUUUGAGGUUGCAAAGAAGAAGGCGUUCGAGGCAAGCGUCGGUCGCGAUACUUCGUCCCUCCCCGGUGGUGUUGACCCUGCCUUCGCCAUAACUCCACCCUCGAUGCCCGAGUUUUCUGCAAAGUCACUUGACGCGCAAUUGAGCAGCGAUGAAAGCGGGCAGAACUUUGAAAGAACCGGAACCCUCCCGGUACCAGGACAGGAAGGAGGCCUUAUCCCAAGAGCGAGCUUCGACGUGACAACGGUUGGACCUAAGCGGUCGGCAACGUCUCUGGGCCGGGAGGAGGGAGAAAGCGGUCGAGAUCAUGCGGCCAGGAUCAUGCAGAAGUUGGAUUUGCACCGGAAAGCGAACUUCUCUUCUAGUACAGAUACUACGGCGGGCAUGCCAUCACCCGGGCCUACGGGCGGGAUUGCUAGUCUCAUCUCGGCCAGCCAUGGUUUGCUUCCAGGCUACCCAUCGCCGGUGAUCGGGCAGAUACAAGUCAGCCGUCCCCAGGCAAGCCCUACACUUCCUGGGCCAGAGCCGCACGCUGGCAGCCUCGCGCCGUCGACACUUGCUAGCCCUCCGGCGCCGACCAGUCUUAGUAGGACCGCCGUGGUCUAUAGCAGCGACCGGACGUUGACCAACGACUUGGGCCACACGCUGCCCACGGCUAUAUUGGCGAACUACUGGGGAAGCAAUGCCUGGGCCCAGGACUACGGUCCGAAACCUGCCCGUGCCGACUUCAACCCUGAUGACCCCUUCGGACCGAACUCGCCCUCCAUCAAGAUGACUCUGAGCAAUGAUAACGGGGAACCCAAGACUCCUUCAUCAGUCCACAAAAAGGCAAUCAGUAUGGAUGCGAAGUUCGUCCGCCCUCAAAGCAGCCAGGAGAAAGUCGUCCAGGAGCAGUUCGCCUCGGGCUAUCCCACGGAGCUGAAGACCAACACAGCCCAGUUCCGGCUGGUAUUCCCUACUGUUCCUAUAGAUGAGAAGCUUGUUCUAGUCUUCAGAGCGUCUUGGACCACCAGCACCUCAGAUCGGGGCAAGGACUCUCCAGUCAUGGCUGGUAACGGCCGUAUAUACGUUACCCCUGACAACAUGUACUUCUAUGGCCACCAGAUGGGCCUGGUGGUCGCUUAUACGAUUGCCCUGGAUAAUAUCACGGAAGUGACAGCCGCGCCAGGUAGGGACUGCGACUUUGUCUUCCUCCACCUGAACCAGGAUGCGCCAGAUGUUUCUUAUAGCAGGAUAUCCAUCAAGGUAUUCCUGGAGGACCUGGACCUUCUCCACGCCCGACUUAAUCUCCUUGUAGAUGAUCUGCAGGCAGAAGAGCCCAUGGAACUCAUGGAACUGGUCAAGGCCCUGCUCAACCUGGAGAACGAGGAGCUGGAGGACAAGAGAAGCCCUAGUGCUGAAAGCUGGGAGGAGGUAUCCGCGAACACACCCAUGGAUAACGGCACGCACGCCGGUAGAGCGGUCAGCCCGAGGAGCAAUGACUUUGCGUAUAAGUCUCGCUCACGCAGCGCGCGUAAACCUGCACCCAAGUUCCAGCUUCCCGCACAUCCGGUUAUAUAUGAGCCCGAGGACAUGCAGCGGAAGGUGGCAGAACGCCAUUUCGAGAUCAGCGCCAAGGCUUGCUUCCAUGUACUCUUUGGUGACAAGAGCUUUGUCUUCCCCAAGCUCUACUUCGAACGGAGAGCGAAGCAGAUCGCCCAGGGGCCGUGGAUUACAGGGGACGACCAGAAAAUGCGGCGAGUAUUCAGCUUCAAAGUCGAGUACGGGACCAUGUUUGGCCAGGCCAAGGCCCAGGACAUCACGGACGAGCAGACCAUCGAUGUGUUUAGUGAUCACGUUACUUACGUCGUCACCCAUGUUAAGACCGCGUGGCAUCUUCCACACGCGGCGGCCUUCAAACUGGUGACCAAGAUCGUCAUUACCCACGUGGCCAAGUCAAAGUGCAAGUUGGCAGUCUUCACCAAGGUGGCCUGGUCCAAGUCACCAGCGCUCUCCAAGAAGAUGGUCGAGCGACAGGCCUUGGACGACGCGGACCGGGACGCCGAGGAGUUGGCCGACGUGGCCACGGACCAGGUGCGCAAGAUCGGGUCCCACAGCCGGACGAAGCGGGCGAUCCAGGUCUACGGCAACAUCGGGCAGCAGACGCAGACGGUGCUGUUCUCGCCGGCCGACGCGCAGGCGGCCAAGAAGCCGCACAUCAGCCCGCACAGCCUGACGUCCAUGGUCUUCGACACGGUGCGGUCCUUCAUGGAGAGCGCGGCCUCGUCCGUCAUCAUGUGGGCGCUGGCGGCCGUCCGCAAGAUGUGGGACGUCGUCACGGCCCAGCGCCUCCUCCUCGUCGUGCUCGCCCUCAGCGCCCUCGCCAACCUCGUCCUCUCGUCCCAGGGCGCCUCGACCUGGUGGGCCGAGCGCAAGGCCGCCGCCUUCAUGCACCGCGUCGGCGUCGGCCCCAACGUCGUCAUGAGCAAGGCCGUCUACCUCCGCGACCUCGACCAGGCGGCCCGCAGCUCGGCCAUUGCGCCGUCGUGGCCGCAGGAUAGUUACUGCUAUUCGACCUUCCAGUCCAUCUCCAACAGCACCGACAUCGACGGGCUAUAUCAGGACAGUGGCGCAACGCUGUCGUCGGCCACGAGCCGCGCGACGGCCCGCCGCCUCCGCCGCACGCGCCAGCGCCUCGGCGCCUACCGCCACGACCUGCUGGUCGCCAUGCGCAUGGUCAACAGCGUCGAGCGCGAGAUGCUCCAGAGCGAGUGGGAGAACUGGCUGCUGGACGAGAACGCGCGCUGCGAGCAGGUCGGCGCCGUGCUGCGCGUCUGGAACGCCUCCGACGACAACGACGCCGCAGCAGCGAAGGCCGGCAGCGCCGCUGCGCUGCAUCUCCCGCCCGGCCACGACGGGGAGGCCGCUCAGAAGAUCCUCAAGGAGAAGGACGUCCGGAAGCGUGACGCCCUCCGCGGCUGGUACGGCGAGUACUGCGGCAGCUGCAUGCAGGAUAAGGAGGCGUUGCUCGUGGAAAGGGCGAGUUUGGGUAUGGGAUAG